GGCGUGGGCCGUGGGCCGUCAGGGCAGCCCUGAAGGGGCCCCUCCCUCUCGGCUGGAGUAGAAGUGUGAGAGCGCCCAGCAGGACGGAGGGGAGAGUUGGAGGGAAAAAAAGAGGCAGAAAAGGGAAAGAAAGAGGAAGCGAGCGGGAGAGCGCGCCCGCCGCCGGCGCCCAUGGCCGCGGACGAAGUUGCGGGAGGGGCACGCAAAGCCACCAAGAGCAAACUUUUUGAGUUUUUGGUCCAUGGGGUGCGCCCCGGGAUGCCGUCUGGAGCCCGGAUGCCCCACCAGGGGGCGCCCAUGGGCCCCCCGGGCUCGCCCUACAUGGGCAGCCCGGCCGUGCGCCCUGGCCUGGCCCCCGCGGGCAUGGAGCCCGCCCGCAAGCGAGCAGCGCCCCCACCUGGGCAGAGCCCCGCACAGAGCCAGGGCCAGCCGGUACCCACCGCCCCCGCUCGGACCCGCAGUGCCAAGAGGAGGAAGAUGGCAGACAAAAUCCUCCCUCAAAGGAUCCGGGAGCUGGUCCCCGAGUCCCAGGCCUACAUGGACCUGCUGGCAUUUGAGCGGAAGCUGGACCACACCAUCAUGCGGAAGCGGGUGGACAUCCAGGAGGCUCUGAAGAGGCCCAUGAAGCAAAAGCGGAAGCUGCGUCUCUACAUCUCCAACACCUUUAACCCUGCGAAGCCCGACGCCGAGGACUCAGAUGGCAGCAUCGCCUCCUGGGAGCUCAGGGUGGAGGGCAAGCUCCUGGAUGAUCCCAGCAAGCAGAAGCGGAAGUUCUCCUCCUUCUUCAAGAGCCUGGUCAUCGAGCUGGACAAGGACUUGUACGGGCCGGACAACCACCUGGUGGAGUGGCACCGGACACCCACCACGCAGGAGACAGACGGCUUCCAGGUGAAGCGGCCCGGCGACCUGAGCGUGCGCUGCACGCUGCUGCUCAUGCUGGACUACCAGCCCCCCCAGUUCAAGCUGGACCCCCGCCUGGCCCGGCUGCUGGGGCUGCACACGCAGAGCCGCUCGGCCAUCGUGCAGGCGCUCUGGCAGUACGUGAAGACCCACCGGCUGCAGGACGCGCACGACAAGGAGUACAUCAACGGGGACAAGUACUUCCAGCAGAUCUUCGACUGCCCGCGUCUCAAGUUCUCCGAGAUCCCCCAGCGCCUCACCGCCCUGCUACUGCCCCCCGACCCCAUCGUCAUCAACCACGUCAUCAGCGUGGACCCGUCGGACCAGAAGAAGACAGCCUGCUACGAUAUUGACGUGGAGGUGGAGGAGCCGCUCAAGGGCCAGAUGAGCAGCUUUCUGCUGUCCACCGCCAACCAGCAGGAGAUCAGCGUGCUGGACUGCAAGAUCCAUGAGACGAUCGAGUCCAUCAACCAGCUCAAGAUCCAGCGGGACUUCAUGCUGAGUUUCUCCAGGGACCCCAAGGGCUACAUCCAGGACCUGCUUCGAUCCCAGAGCCGUGACCUCAAGGUCAUGACGGACGUGGCGGGCAACCCGGAGGAGGAGCGCAGGGCGGAGUUCUACCACCAGCCCUGGUCCCAGGAGGCUGUCAGCCGGUAUUUCUACUGCAAGAUCCAGCAGCGGAGGCAGGAGCUGGAGCAGUCUCUGGUCGUGCGCAACACCUAGGAGGGCCGCACAGGAGGGGGGCAGGAUUAAAGGUCCUUCAUCUGUG